UCACUGCAGACCAGAGAGUGUGGGACUUUAUCUGGGUUCUGCUUCCUCCAUGGGGCACCAGUCCUGGGCUAGAGAACUUGGCAGGCUCUCCCCAUGGCCGCCUUAUUCCUCCUCCUUCCGUUCCUAUGUGGAUCCCCCCGGGCUGCUGCAGACAACAUCCAGACCAUCUAUGUAGCCUUGGGGGAGGCAAUGGAGCUGCCAUGUCCCUUACCACCCACGCUGAGUGGAGACGAACUCCUGUCCUGGCUCCGCAGUCCUGUAGCAGGCUCCUCCACCGCCCUGGUGACCCAAGUCCAAGUGGCCAGACCAGCCCUGGACCCUGGGAAGCCCAUAAGGGCAUCCAGGCUCAAAGUGCUGGGGAACUACUCAUUGUGGCUGGAAGGGGCCAAAGAGGGAGACGCCGGUCGGUACUGGUGUGCCGUGCUGGGUCAGCACCACAAGUACCAGAACUGGAGGGUGUAUGAUGUCUCCGUGCUUAGAGGAUCCCAACUAUCCGCGAGGGCUGCAGAUGGAUCCCCCUGCUCUGUCCUUUUGUGCUCUGUGGCCCCUGCCAGACGCCUAGACUCUGUGACCUGGCUAGAGGGAAGGGGUUCUGUGAGGGGCCAUGUACAGUCAUUUUGGGGAGAUGGAGCUGCCCUGCUCUUGGUGUGUCCUGGGGAGGGGCUCUCUGAGUCCGGGGAACAUAGACCAAGAAUCAUCCGCUGCCUCGUGCCUCACCACAAAGGGGUCAGCUUUAGCCUGGCAGCCUCCAUGGAUGCCUCCCCUGCCCUCUGUGCCCCUUCCAUGGGCUGGGAUGUGUCCUGGAUCCUGAUGCUGUUGCUCACAGUGGGUCAGGGGUUCACCAUCCUGGCCCUCAGCAUCAUGCUCUGCAGACAGAGGGUCCAGGGGGCUCAGCACAGAGAUGCCUCGAUUCCUCAGUUCAAGCCUGAAAUCCAGGUCUAUGAGAACAUCCAUUUGGCCCAUCUCAGCCCACCUGCUCCCAAGAUCAGAUGAUCUCCGUGACAUCUGCUGGAAGUGUGACCUGCUAUCUCUCUGGACAUCUGGCACCUGAAGGCUUCGCCUGAAAACCUUGGCAAGGGGGGAAGGGCUGAGAGUGCUACUUUACAGAUCAGCUGGUCUCCAGCAGUCAAGCUAUGUGUGUGUGUGUGUGCGUGUGUGCAUGUGCGCACGUGUGUGUGUGUGUGUGUGUGUGUGUUUUGGGGAGGCAUUGAAGGAAUGCAGAAGCAUUAUUCUGUGAUGUCACCUGUGAGAAGGUGUGGUCUCCUGUUUCAUAGCAGCCAGUGAAGGGGCGGCCCUGAGCCCCCAGUACCGUGGGAUUGAGGGGAGCCCAGGGUGGCUGGCGAGGGGGUGAGGAGGGGUGGGGAUGGGCAGAAACGAGAUAGAAGAAUCCAGAGACUUGAGCAAUUGUGGAGAGUCAGUCUUGGGGAAACCACAGGACAAACGGAGGGAACUAAAGAAGAGGGAAGGGAAGGGACUCAAGUUAGAGGAAAGAGAUGGGCAGAGAGGGAAAACAACAGAAGCACCAAGUGGGAGGACUGAAUAACAGAGAAUGAGAAGGCUCGGGUUGCCUCUAAAUUAAGCCAGGUCACCCCCCACCUCCAUCCCCUCAUCCCCACUCAAUCUUAUUCGCACAGAGAAGUUGAGGGAGAACACGCACCUUUAAUCAGACCUCAGACUUCCUUGCAUGGAUGGGGAGGGCACUGAGUCAGGAUGGGGGUGGUUAUGCUUAGCCCCAACUCCGAGUCACCCUCCUUAUCCUAGCACUUCAUGUGGCAUCCGGAGCGGUGAGAGGCUAAUCAACAUCCUGACAUCCUGGGGGCCCCAAGAGUCCAUGCUAUCUCCCUGCAUAGAGGGAGUGUCCACAGGGGUGGGUGGGUGGAUUCCCUGGUGGGGUGUGUCCUGGGCUGUCUGUGAACCACGGACAAGCCUGGGCUGGUCAAGCAGGGGAGGCCGCUGAUGCUCCUAACUGGUCCAUUCCCAGUCUCAGGCAGAGAGGAACUGGACUGCCUACCACACCCUCACAGGCAACUCCACCAGACGCCCUUUUGUGAGUCUGCUCAAGCUUGGGCCUCCCUGGAGAAAAGCUUUCGCAGAAGUCUCACCUAAAGCCUUCAUGCUACAGUGGCUUAAGCUAAGCUAUUAGCAAGAAGCAGGACGCGAAUGACACAGAUGGAGAAUGAGUUGAAAGUUACAGUUCAGGACGCAGCAGCCCAGCCCAACCCACCAAACAGGUCUAGUUUGUUUUGAGAGAGAGAGAGCGCGCGCGCACACACACACACACACACACAAACACACACAGCAAUGUCCCAGACUCCCAGAUAGCACUUUUAUUAAAUUUACUCUUCACAGUUCCCCCAAGAAACUCCUUCCUGAGUUCCUGACCUGCCAAAUUAAUCUUUCUAGCAAGCCUGUUCUCCUCACCAUACCUGGUGCCCCUUCAAGCCCCUUGCCUGGGACCCGCGGCUCCAUCAAACCGCCUGCCUUGCCCAAGACCUGGAGCUGAGAUAGGACAUCAGCAGUGGGCAUCUAGAAAAGACAAAAGACCUAGGUGUCCUUUGUGAGGCGGGGCUCUGGACAGGUGCCUAUAGGGGCUAGGUGGAACCAGGCCUCGGAGGGGUCUGGGAGGGUGUGAGGCCGGGCAUCUGAGGUCUCUACAGAAUUAGGUUCUUGGGCAUAUCUUAGAUGCAGGUGUCUCGAGGGCGGUGGUGAUGGGGGCAGAGUCCUGGGUUGAAGGUUGCAGAUCACCGUGAAGCCAACGGAGGAGAGGGCCUCCCCAGGUGAAGCUGGCCACUAGGAGGAGAAGGGCGGCGAGGAGGGGACUGGGGAGCGGCCGCAGCGUGGUGGCCGUGUUGCACAGGUCCUGCUCACAGCAGUGGUGCCGCAGAGCGUAGGAGCGCGACCAGUAGGUGGCACGGCCCUGCAGAGGGCACUGGGCCCGUGGGAGGCAGCCUUUCCGCUCGAUGAUCUCAUUCUGCUCUGUGGGACAAAGAGAGAAUGCUGAGGCCCGGGGAAGGAAGGAGGCAAGGGCUGUGGGGCAGCAGGGAAAGCAGGGUGGAUGGAUGGAUGGAGAUUGGCUGGGAGAAGGGCCAUUGGGCCCAAGUCCUACCUGAGGUGCCAAUGCUGAUGCCACAAGCUUCAUCGUCCUGACACUCGGUGGGAACAGGGUAGCAGGGUUUGGCAAAGCUGCAGGUGUAACAGCGGAGCCGACCCCGGGCAGGGGGUGGGGGUGUGGUGAGACCUGCGGGGGGUCCGCAGAGAUCAGGAGAGGCCAAGGGGCCCAUGAGAGGCUCAAGCUCAGAUCUGGGACAGGGAUUCAUGCAGAGAGUUGACACACAAAGUGGGGAGAGGGAAAUGGGGAAAGGGAAGGAGAAGGGCAGAUAGAAGUAGAAAAGGAGACACAGGGAAGGGAGGGGAGACAACUCGGGGGAAAAAAAAGACACAGAUGCGCGACAGAAGCCAAGAGAGUCAGAGAGGAAGGCAGAGAGUGACACCACAAGUCAGACCUGGGAAGGUGGGGUGGCAUUGAAGUUAAGCAGAUGGUGCCACAGACAGAGAGCAAGUAAGAAUUUACACUGACCGCGGGGUCCCCGCAAAGAAGCAAGAGGUGAGAAAAGGAACAGGGGAGACAGGACAGAGGCAUGUCAAGAUGCUGCAAGGAACA